CGCUGCGAAGGCUGCGCCAGCAACAUAAAUGCCAAGGGCAAGGACAAACCGGAAUCGCUCAUUUUGCAGGUGCGUGCCAGCACAACACAACAUGAGCGCUACAUUCACUUGGCCAGAGUUUCUUAGCCAGGCCAAACAAUUUCUGGACAUCUCACAGCAAUUAAACGAUAGCUGGCAAUUGUAUAAAAAAGAUGACGGAGAACCCAACAGUUUUCUGAAAUACACGCAAAAGAUCAAAUGCAAAGCGAACGAUGAGCUGAUUAAUGUGGAAUAUCACAUCGUAUACAGCGUCUCCUAUCAGGUGCCAAUGGUCUACUUUCAAGCACAUAGAUCAGACGGUCGCCUCUUGGAUUUAGAGGCCACUUGGAGCGUAUUUAUGCCAGACGCAUCGCGUACCGAUCUAUACGAAAUGCUAACGCAGAUGGAGCAUCCGGUGCUGUUUCGCCCAUUCAUGGCACUGCAUCCUUGCCGCACCUGCGACAUUUUAGCCCAAUUCGGCAAACAGAGUAGAAAUCUUGUACUAACCUUUAUAAGUAUAUACGGUCCGUAUGUUAAGUUAAGUUUAGCUAAUGCCUACGGCUUAUAUAUUGAAGAAAACCAAAGAAGCAUUGAUUAAUAACAUCUAUACAGAUAGAUUGUAUUUAAUAUUGGCUUGUUUUAAACACUGAUUACAGGCGUGGCUUACAUAGAUGGUUAUGAUUCUUUGUUUUCUAUUCUAAUCAGAUAAUAUAUAUAUAUAUGUAUUUCAAGAGCCUUGGCACAAUCGAAAACCAAUUUGGGGUUUAUUAUAAUAAGCCAGAAAAAGCAGAGGCAAGUUUUCAAUCGAAUCGAAAUACCUAAUUAAUUUAAUGUUUAAGCACUUGAAGCUGCAUAAUGGCACAUUUAUGAAUAUACUACAAUAAAAGUAUAAACAAUACGAGUACAAUAAGUAUUUUUAUAUACAACAAAUGGGGGGAAUUUCGAAAAGUACUUAUUUUUAACUCAUUUUUAGACAACUAACAUCGAUGCUUUUUAAUUAGUUUAUUUAUUAUAUUUUUUGGCUUUUUUGGUUAGUUAGUUAAUUUAUUUGCUAUUCCGGCUAUUUCUGCUUCUGAAGUCAUAGAUAUUUUUAUAUUUUUUAUAUGAUUAGUGUAGUUUUUUUUUUUUAAGUUUAGCUUAUUUUAUGUAAAUAAAUACACUUUAGUCUGUGGUUCUAUAUAGUACAUAGUUAUUAAUCUUAUUGUUUAGACUGUAUUUAAUUUGAAUUUUAUAUAGUUUGUUUGGUUUAUUUAUCACUAAUAGUAGUAUAUAUUCUUUUCAUUUAUAAUUAAUGUUAACUGGCUACUGUGUGGCAUUUGCAACCCGACGCCAAGACACAAGAAAGCUAUUCGUUUCCAUUUGGAAACGAAUACACAGUUUUGUGGGCGCUACGAUUCGCAUCGAAAAUGUUAUUUGCAAAAAAUUAAAUCGAUUUAUAUGCAUUUUGUAUAUAUAUAUUUGCUUUGCUUCUAAUUGAAAUCAAAAAGAUUAUGUCGCAUGCAUUACAACUGAUGCACAUACAUGUUUAUUUAGUUCAUUUUUUGAAUAUCUUCGAAUCUGAUCUCUAGACUAGUCUAACAUAAAGCUAACACCUGAUGUCUGAGUAUAGCUUCGACAUCAACAUUUCUAUUUGAAUAUAUGGACUUAUUAAUACAACAACUGAGUAUUUUCAUGCUCUUGUAUAGUUGGUAAACAAAUAGGUACUAUGUGUAUAUAUCAGCAUAAUAUUUGAUAUAUUUAAAUAUUCAAUAGUUUAGAGCAUGCUUAUUAUAUGCCUGCAAGGAAUGCUUCAAUAAUAUCAAUUCAAUAUUCAUUCUAUUCUAUCUUAAUAGUACAUCUAUUUGAUAUAUUAUAUGACUUGCAACUUACAUGCAUAUAUAUUUAUAUAUGUUGCACGUACUACAGAGCUUCCAGUUAAUGUUUAACUAUAGUACUUAAAUAUACAAUCCGAUGAGGGUCUAUGAGUAUACUUACUAAAGUUUCGGCUCAGUUAUUGAUUCGAUUCUAGUUCUUUCAUUUGUUUUGUUUGUCUGAGUAUCUGUGUCUGGCAAAUACAUGCGUGUUAUUAUAGGACUAUAUUAAAUAUACACAUUUAGCAUUUGUUCGUACUUGGUUGUAUCUGAUUUUAUGUAUUGUAUUU